UGAAGAACCCGAAUUUCUUUCUUCUUCUAAUUUCUGCCGAAAUUCCAUCAAAUUGCCCUUUGAAGUUUUAAUCUUUGAAGGCAAAGUUGUUGCAAUGCCUUCAAAAGGCUUGAAUUUGACAAGGCUUUGCACGGAAGAGGAAGAAAAUGAGUCAAGUGGAGAAAUUCGAUGCAACCAUGGCUAUGUGUUGCCUUUAUUAAUAGCUUGGACCCCUCGGAACCCAGGAAGAAGAUAUUGGGUUUGUCCAUACUAUGGGGGUCCACGAUCUUGUGAUUUUUGGGUUUGGAAGGAUUCCAAAAUUGAUCCUAGGUCCAAAUUUGUUAUUUCAAAAUUGCUUGACAGAAUGGGUGAACUUGAGAAUGCAUUAGAAGGCUUUGAAAAUCUUGUCAAGCCGAGGACAACUUUAAAGGUUGAAAACACCAUAGAAGGGGACAAGAUGAAGAAGAUUGAGGCUCGGUUGGUGAAAUUGCAAGAUGAUAUAGAGAAGAUGAAAGAGAAGGAAAAGAAGUGGAAGAGUAAAUUGGCUAAGUCAAAGGCUAGGGAAAAUAUACUUUGGUUCAUUAUAUUAGGGAUGUGUAUUAUACUUGUUGCUUGUAGGUAUCCAGGAAUAUCAUUGAAAGAAGAUGCAAUGAGGUUGCCAUUGUGAAUCUAGUUUUGUCAUCUCAAUAUAUAUGUAGUUGUUGCUUGUAGGUUUUAUUUUGUAUGUUUGCAAUGUACCUUUCAUUUGAA